UUAUCUAUCCUUUGAAAACCAUUGAGCCAGAAACAAGCUAAGAAUUAUGCAAAUACUUACGCCCAUUUCAGUGUUUUGCCCAGAUUUUUCCAUCGAAUUAAUAACUCCCGCUGAACUUGGGCAGGACUUCGCGAUGAAUAUAGGUUCUAACGGAUACUCUAGAUUAAGCCAAGAUGAAGAUGGUAUUGAGUUGGAGCUAAAAAAAGAGCCAAGGGGCAUUUACUUUAGCGACGGUAUGGAACCAAAGAAGCGUAUCGACUAUGUUUUAGUGUACGAAACAAACACAGAAAGCGACUCUGAUGACACUGAACAAAAAAGACUAGAAACUCAGCGACACGUCUUUGAGGACAACUUAAGAAAGGAGGGUUUAUCAAUAGAAUACGAUGAAUUAAUUUCGUCCAAGGUAUGUGUCUCCGCUUCAGGAUAAAGUAUGUGAUCGUUAGAGAAUAAUUUUAUGCAAUGAUUUUGCACAGAGUUCAGUGUACGUCAAGCUCUUACUCCCUAAGCUUUGUUAUUGGUUGCGAAUUUGUUGCACUAUUCGGUCCUUCCUAUAUUCAAAACUAACCGGACACAUCUGCUGGCUUAGAUUAAAAUUUUUGGGCAUCGGCUCGAACCAUUUAAAUCUCACGUUUGACCUCUGCCAGGCGCUAUGCUGUUAUUUGCAAGGGAAUUUCGAUUAGUGCGUUGUUUCUUAUUCCCUCAAUUAUGUUAACAAGCACCAACAAACCUUUUGCCAAGCGAUUAAGAUUUCAACAUUGUUUUACGGGAAAGAUUUGCAAAAUUGAUUUUGGCUCAGCCUCCUAAACAUACAUAUUAGUGACGCCCUAGUGCAUUAAACUUGCAAGUCCAAAGUUCGAACCCUGUAGUUAUUCGAUGAUCCGCCACUGAACCCUUCUAUUCUAAUCCUUGCGGGUUGUAUGUUACCAUUUCAUGCCACGGCAUUUAUCGUCAUCGCAUCUACGUUUCCCGUGUUUCCAGAAGAGCUCAUGUUAAUUCUCACUCCCUUUAACCAUUGGCUCAUGUGAAAAAGAACCCCCCCCUCCCCCCCUAAACAGAGUUGUCUGACAUUUUAUUCAAGAGUUAUUGAAUGAUGAUGUACUUUAUCAUCAUCAUCAUCACCGUCACCAUCACCAUUAUUGUCAUCAUCAGCAUCAUGGUUAAUGGUAGUAAUAAUAAAACAGUUGGAUGGCUUACUAGUCAAAAAAGAAAGAAAGAAAGAAAGAACAGAAUAAAAAUAAUAAAGCAUUUUGUUGAUGUUACAAUCUUAGUUCUUAUAGUGAUUUUUGCGGCAUUCUCAAUACAAAUCCUAUGAUACUAAUGGAGAGUAUUUGUCCAGAAGUCUGUUUUUUUUUUUUCCAGUUUUGACAUGACCAUUUUAUUUCAUUUUUCAUUGAUAUUUUAAAUUAGAUGAUUGUUAGUCAAGAGGUUACGGUAAAUGAUUAAAUCGGAAGAUAAGAGCGCAAAAGGUAGCCAUCACUGACCCAUUCAAAUUCUCAAUCCACUCAUCCGACCAGGGAAUAUAAAUACUAACAAAAAAGACUGAGAGUUUUUGCUCUUAAUUUUAUGUUCAUUUUUGUCUUUAUUUUUUUUUUCUCAAUCAUUUUCCAUUUUGCAGGAUCCCAAAGUUAAACGCCAUUUUGUACUUCUUCAUGCCCCGUGGGAAGUGCUGGCCAAGAAAGCGGAAGCGAUGCGUUUGAAACUUCCUUUUCAAGAAAACGAUAUUGUAUUCAAGUCUUGGGUAGAGAGGAGGAUUGGAAAUGAGAGGAUGCAGUCAUUAAGAAGACGAAACCCUCUUGCAGUCCAUGACCCCACCUUCGAAGAGAAAGGAAACUUCUUUAUGGCUAACUUUAAGGAAGCAAAGCUAACUAAGUAUUUGAACUAUCAAAACAAAGACGAGUUGUUUGACGAUGUUGAUCGAAUCUACAUCGUGCAACAGAUUUGUUACAACGCUCGGUUCGCUGAGGGGUCUCAUGGCGUUGGACUAAGGAAGAUGAUCUAUGAAGGUGCUUACGUUGCGGGAUAUCCACUUCACUCUGGUCCUCUUGAUCUGGAACCCGAGGAACAGCCGACCAAUGAUCGGCAGCGGCUGAAGCGUGACUGGGCCAGGUUUGGAAGAUGGUUCAAAUUUCAGCCAUACGGUGAAAUCAAGGAUUACUUUGGAAGUGAGAUAGCCUUGUAUUUUGCGUGGCUUGGGUUCUACACGGCCAUGCUUGUACCCCUUGCCAUCAUUGGCUUUGUUGUAUUCCUUUACGGAAUCGGAUCGUCCGCCAGCCAUAUUCCAGUUAAAGAUGUUUGUGACGGCAACAACACAGGAAAGUGGAUCAUGUGUCCAUUAUGUGAUAAACAGUGUAGUUACUGGGAUUUAGCUUCAAGUACGUGCCUUUACGCAAGGAUAACACAUUUCUUUGACAACGACUGGACUGUUGGACUUGCCUUGAUUGCCUCAGUUUGGGCUACACUGUUCCUUGAGUUUUGGAAGCGUCGCCAAGCCUCAUUAGCUCAGGAGUGGCACACUGAUGACUUCGAGGAGGAAGAAGAGCCUUUGCGUCCCGAAUACUCAGCUACAGUAACAACGCUUAAGAAGAAUGAAAUCACUGGCAAGAUGGAACCAUACGUUCCAAAAGCUCAACUUUAUAGUCGUUUUGCUGGAGUGGUUAGCAUCAUCAUCUUUAUGAUCUUCCUUGUCGUCGCAGCUGUCGUUGGUGUCGUUGUUUACCGAGCUGCAGUGUUUGCCUCUCUGAGUGGAAACCAUGAUCGGAGUAUUCAGACUCGUGCAAAGAUCAUUACUUCGGCUACAGCAGCUCUUCUCAAUCUCGUUGCAAUCAACCUCCUGAAGUUCGUGUACAGCAAACUGGCUGUGUGGCUGACUGACUGGGAGAAUCCGCCAACUCGAACCGACUAUCAAGACAGCUUCACCUGGAAGAUGUACCUGUUCCAGUUUGUCAACACGUACGCAUCCAUUUUCUACAUCGCCUUUUUUAAAUCUGGAAUGGUAGUUGGAACCCCAAGCAGAUACAAGCGCGUUGCUGGAAGCUAUCGUCUGGAUAGCUGUAGUGAGCAAGGAUGCUUUCUUGAGCUUUGUGUUCAGCUUCUGAUCAUUAUGGUUGGACAACAGGUCAUAGGAAAUAUCACUGAAGUAGCCAUCCCGUAAGUGGGCUAUCAAAUCUUUUUGUAAUUUUUUUAAAGAUUAUUGAUUUAAAGUUCUUAGGAAAUAGCCAUUAUAGGACAGGCGUUAUAUUAUCUAGUGUACCUUUCUAAGUGAACAAUGACCAUAAAAACAAAAAUUCAGUAUUUCCUAUUUGAAAACCGAAUUCUAAUUGAAGUGUCUUGCAGUUAUAGUACAGAGUAACAAUAAAGUACCAUUCACCCAAGAUGAAUUCUUUUUUGUUUGUUUUUUCAUGUUAAGACUUAAACGAUGGUAAUAUUUAAAUUUUUGUUUUCUGUAGAUCUAUCAUGUUUUGGUUUAACAGUCGAAAAGAGGUAAAGGAAGGCCUUCCACAAUACCAACGCGAUUUUGACUUGAGUCCACCAGGUGACCAUUGCAUGUUUUGGGAAUAUCUUGAAGUUGGUAAGUUAGCUCAACGCUAAUGCUCAGCUUUAAUAAUUACUCAGUAACAUUAAUCGGCACUGAACAAAAAUUUUUGAAUCUGUUGCAAUGCAAUGGCUGCACUUAAUAGUCCUUAAAAGACUGUAAUAAAAAGGUAUGAUAGAAGGGAAAGAUAGAGGCCUGGGCCUGUCUCUCCCACAGUAACUGUUCGAAUCCGGAAAGUUGUUUUGCGUUUACCGUAAUGGCAUUCAAAAUCAAAGUUUCCAAAAAUUAUACAUUAAAACUAUCAAUUAACGAAGCGAAAUUGAGUGAUUUGUGCGCUGGGAACUCCGCUAAUAUUCAACAGGUUUUGACUUAAAAUUUGCCUUCGGGCCCGAAAAGUUUCUGCGCCUUUCUUGAAACAGUCCCCUGGUGGUUUUCAGUUCCUCGACGCAAAACAAAUAGUAAGUUGAUAUAUAUCGCAAUACCAGUACAAAAGGAAUGCAGCGAAGAUAAAAUAUGGGAUAAGUCGGUUAUUUAUUCUGCGUCAGUGUCAUGUUCAGUAUCAUGACUGAUAUUUAUACGUCUCCUAGUUUUAAAAUACGUUCAUUAAAAAUUUGCUUGAUGAUUGUCAUUUCACAUUUUGUUAUACAGUUCUGCAAUAUGGAUUUGUCACGAUGUUCGUGGCCGCUUUUCCCCUGGGCCCUCUGUUCGCCCUUUUAAACUCCGUAGUUGAAGUUCGUGUGGAUGCUAUCAACUUUGUGUGUCAGUUCAGGAGACCAGACAGUACUCGAGCUCAAGACAUUGGAGCGUGGUAUCGCAUCCUUGAAGGAGUAACAAAAUUGUCAGUUUUAGUAAAUGCCUUUGUCCUAGCCUUUACCUCCGAGUACAUCCCUAAGCUUAUAUACAAGAUGAAGUACGCGCCAGACCACGAUGAGCCUGGUGGUGGAACGCUACAAGGUUACAUAGACAACAGCUUGGCGCUUAUUGCUACGGCCUAUAUCGAACAACAGGAGCCAGGGACAAAACCAGAUGAUCCCUUGGAAAAUUUAAGAUCCCUAGGGUCACCCUACGAUAACAAGACCAUUACAACCUGCAGGUAAAUAUGCUACUAAACCAAGAGAGGAUUAAGUUCUCUUGACUAAACUGAAGAGUUUCAAUAAAACAGAUAAUAUUUUUCAUAAAACAGAAUAAAUAAAUCAAUAUUGAAUAAGUAAAUUGAUAUCAUGUAAGUGAUGCGUGUAUUUAGUGAUUCUAGGGUUAUACACUUAGUGUCGUCCUCUCGGGGAGCGAAUAAUAGUGGCGGGGAGGGGAGAGAGGCCAGGAGUGGGAGCGAGGGAAAAGGGCGAACAAAAUAAGGUGGUUAUCUUCAGAUUAUACAUACUUUUUGGCUACUCGGGGAAAAUGUUUUCUUUUUAUCCCUUUCAUUAUUGUGUUAGACUUCCUCGUUGUUUCAAGUUACCAGAAACUGAUUGAAAUUCCAUCACUUUUGUUGCAUUUCAGGUACUCUGGUUACUUUGAAAGCUUUCCUCCGUACAAGCAGAACAAACAGUACUGGCAAGUGAUUGCAGGUCGCCUCGCUUUCGUGUUCGUGUUUCAGUUUACAGUUUACGUCAUCACCAGUUUCAUUGCGUGGCUUGUCCCAGAUGUUCCUAAAAACCUGGAGUUGAAGGAAAAGCGUGAAAAGCAUCUUGCCAAACUAACAUUCAAGAAGAAAGGAUACAGCACUAAUGACAACGAUCAUUACAAUCAAACAGAUGAUGACAUGCUGUAGUGACCCUGAUAUGACUUAACCAACGAUGCCUAACUUUUCUCCUCAUUCAUACUGAUGGUCAAUAGCGAAACGCAAGGACGUGAGACAGACAGUCUCAAUGUUUACCUUUUACCAGAUAGCUUUACUUGUCGACACGAAAUUAAAGCUGUCCGGUAUAUCGUAAGAACAGUAACGACCAGGGACUGGAACAAGUUGUUCUCACGGCUUAUCGAACAUCAUAACGACGCAUUUCGCCGAGGGGGUUUGGUGCACUAAAUCCCAGUCCUCACUCUUGAAUAUUAACUUUCGUCUCAGAGGAUACUAGUCCUCGCUUCUACUUAUUCACCUCCGCUACGAUCCGAAUACCUGUUCACACUGCUGCACCAAAAUGUGUUUCAGAACCUAUCCGAUAUAUAUGACGCUCCACUUUUGUGAUCGGUGAGGGGCGGGCUCCCUCCGUAGCAGAAAAGACGCCCAAUUUACCCUUCCUUUGUGUGAACAGAAGCCCUAUCUAUCCCGGGUAUGGUGUUCGUGUCGGCGUAAUAGAGAGGAGAAGUCGUUACGUCACGUUGUCAUGGUAGCAAAAUUUUUGGAUGACAGCAAACCGUUAAACCUCACUUAAAAAAUGAAUUCGCACCGCUUCAAACUUCGUCGAUCUUAUUCAGUUUAAUUUAGUUUGGCAAAUGUAGGCGAAAUUUCCUCGGGUUGAAUCCAAAAGGACCGUAUCUACGUUUAGAAGAGGAAAAAGACCACUUUUGUGUUGUGUUCACCUACUCCAUAAAGCAAGCGUGUGAAAGUAGGAAGUUUCAUGUCGCAGGGCUGCAACGACGGCAAAGAAAUGUACAAAAUAGCGUGAUGCACGUGCAAAUUUGUUUUGUCAAUAAAAACCUAUUACUUUUUUGCCAUUCUCCUUCCUUCGCCUUCGUCGUUGGUUUUGUUGUCAUCCAGAAAUAGUGCUACCAUGGUGACGUGACGUCAUACUUCUCCUCUGUAUAGUGUGAACUUAUCCGAAUUUGCAAUGUUUGUCUCACUUUUGUCAUUUUUGUUAUUUCAAUAAAAGUCAGACGAAACAUGGCAUUUUAAUGUUAAAAAUCUGAAAAACAAGUGAGGAAUUCACUCAUGUUAAUUUCAAUUUGUUUCGUUAAGGAUAACAAACUCUACGUAUACAUCAAAGCAAAUGAAUCGUUAAAUAAGUAAUUUAUGCAUAUAACGCAAGGACAUUUAUACUUCAAUAACGUAUUUUUGGUGCUCAGUUGCUCAAGAGCAAAUUUGACACGUUCAUUAUGAACUUAAGGUACUCUUUACACUGGAACAAUAGAAUUUCAGAAUUACAAGCUGUAUUAGUGCUAUAUUAGUGCUAUUUUAGAAGCUGUAUUAGUGCUAUUUCAAUUGACCAGUUUUAACAGAUAUAUUAACAUUUAUACUAGUCUCCAACGCAAUGGAAAUUUUCGAAUUCCGAUAUCCCUAAAUUCAAGUGAGAGUAAGCCAAUAACCUUUCUUGUGUAAAUGUAAUUGAAUUUAAUUUGUACGAGAAGAUAAAACUUUUUCAUAUUAGAGAAAAAAAAACAACGUUAACAACAGCAACAAAAACAAACUAUAGGGGGGAGAAAGGAAGAAAGAAGCAAGAGAUGUUUGGGAGAACCCAAAAAUUGCUUAUUUGAAUUGUUUUUUUGUUUGUUCGUUUUGAAAUCUAACGAGGACAGUAUUGAAACAUUGAUUAGAAGUGCUCAUUUUAGACCAAAAGGCACCGAAUCGAUCACAAGAUUUAAAGUUAAUUUUUUUUCCUAGUUUUGUAUCGAGUGAAAAAAUUUCUUGUUAUCACAGAAUCUUUUUUACUGAAGCUGCUUAUGAUAAACAUUGUACUCUCAUGCGGAUCAACACAGCAUUGCUGUGAAAUAUGUCUCCUUGUAUUAUUGCAAUACUGUAACUUAUGUUGUCUUUGCAAAGCAAUAAAUUUUUCUUAAGUAAA